GAAUCCCCAGUAAAACCACACACGGACUGCGUUUUUGUAUUUCAUUUCACUUCUGCGAUUAUUAAUAUGACAGUAUCCGGUAACUGUAUGACCAUACCGGUGAACUACUAGGGGAGGUGAGGUCCUCUGCUGAGGUUGCCGUCUGCAGGAAGCCACAGCUGUGACAGAGCCCACAGUGGGAGCGGUGGUGUGGACUGGGAGUGGUGGGAGGGUCAGGAGACACCCCGCAGAAGUCGCACGUAGAAGUGUACGAUACCGAGUGUCAGACAGACACACACACACACACACAUACACACACACCAGUGACUGACUGACUGACUGGGCUGAAACACUCAGCGGACAGAGACGGAACCGAAGAACCGCUAAACUGUGUGGACGAUAAGAAGUCAGUCAAGGAAGAGAGAGAUAUAGAGAGACUACCACACCGCUUUUGAGCUCGGCUGUUUUAAGGUGGUGGCUAGUGACGGGGUGCGGGCUAUGAUGGAGUCGGCCCUGACAGCCAGAGAUCGCGUGGGCGUGCAGGACUUUGUCCUGCUGGAGAACUACACCAGCGAGGCCGCCUUCAUAGAGAACCUGCGCAAGCGCUUCAAGGAGAACCUCAUCUAUACUUACAUUGGUUCAGUGCUGGUGUCAGUUAACCCAUAUAAAGAAUUGGAGAUCUACACCAAGAACCACAUGGAGCGAUACCGAGGGGUCAACUUCUACGAGGUCUCACCACAUAUCUAUGCAGUGUCAGACAACUCGUACCGUUCCAUGAGGACGGAGAGGAAGGACCAGUGCAUCCUGAUCUCUGGGGAGAGUGGAGCUGGGAAGACCGAGGCGUCCAAGAAGAUCCUGCAGUACUAUGCUGUCACCUGUCCAGCCAGCGAGCAGGUGCAGACCAUCAAAGACCGCCUGCUGCAGUCCAACCCUGUCCUGGAGGCCUUUGGCAAUGCCAAAACGUUGCGUAACGACAACUCAAGCCGCUUUGGCAAGUACAUGGACAUUCAGUUUGACUACAAGGGUGCCCCGGUGGGAGGCCACAUCAUCAACUACCUGCUGGAGAAGUCCCGCGUGGUCCACCAGAACCAUGGGGAAAGAAAUUUCCACAUUUUCUAUCAGCUGAUUGAGGGAGGGGAGGAAGACCUGCUGAGACGCCUGGGCCUGGAGAGGAACCCUCAGCAGUACCAGUACCUAGUCAAAGGUAACUGUCCCAAGGUGAGCUCCAUCAAUGAUCGCAGUGAUUGGAAGGUGGUGAGAAAAGCCUUGAAUGUGAUUGGCUUCAACGAGGACGAGGUGGAGGAGUUGUUGAACAUAAUCGCCAGCGUGCUCCACCUGGGAAAUGUGCAGUACGGCGGGGAAGAGGGCAACGCCUGCAUCACCUCUGACACACAGAUAAAGUACCUGGCCAGGUUGUUAGGAGUGAAUGGGGCAGUGCUGACAGAGGCCCUCACACACAAGAAGAUAAUUGCCAAGGGAGAGGAGCUGAUGAGCCCGUUGAACCUAGAGCAGGCAUCGUCAGCUCGGGAUGCUUUGUCCAAGGCAGUGUACGGACGCACCUUCACGUGGCUGGUUAACAAGAUCAACGCUUCACUGGCAUACACGGAUGACUCCUAUAAGAAUUACUCUGUCAUUGGUCUGCUGGACAUCUAUGGCUUUGAGGUCUUCCAGCACAACAGCUUUGAGCAGUUCUGCAUCAACUACUGUAACGAGAAGCUGCAGCAGCUCUUCAUUGAGCUCACCCUGAAGUCUGAGCAGGAGGAGUACGAGGCUGAAGGCAUCACGUGGGAGCCGGUGCAGUACUUCAACAACAAGAUCAUCUGUGACCUGGUGGAGGAGAAGUUCAAAGGCAUCAUUUCCAUUCUGGAUGAGGAGUGUCUCAGGCCUGGAGACGCCAGUGAUAUCACCUUCCUUGAGAAGCUGGAGGACACUGUGGGAGGACACCCACACUUUGUCACUCACAAGCUGGCUGAUGGAAAGACCCGGAAGGUAAUGGGCCGUGAUGAAUUUCGACUGCUGCAUUACGCUGGAGAAGUCAACUACAAUGUCAACGGAUUUUUGGACAAGAACAAUGACCUGCUCUUCAGAAACCUAAAGGAGGUUAUGUGUAUGUCGGAGAACAAGAUCCUGACCCAGUGUUUUGACAAGGAGGAGCUGAGCGACAAGAAACGUCCAGACACAGCGGCCACCCAGUUCAAAGCCAGUCUGGCGAAACUCAUGGAGAUCCUCAUGUCCAAGGAGCCGUCGUACAUCCGCUGCAUCAAGCCCAAUGACUCCAAACAAGCAGGUCGAUUUGACGAGGUUCUGAUCCGUCACCAGGUCAAAUAUCUGGGACUGAUGGAGAAUCUGAGGGUGAGGAGAGCCGGCUUUGCCUACAGGCGACGCUACGAGGUCUUCCUGCAGAGGUAUAAGUCUCUGUGUCCUGACACGUGGCCUAACUGGCAGGGGAAACUGUCCGAUGGAGUGUCCACACUGGUCAAACACCUGGGAUACAAGCCAGAGGAGUACAAACUGGGCAGAUCCAAAAUCUUCAUCCGCUUCCCAAAGACCUUGUUUGCCACAGAGGAUGCACUGGAGACCAGGAAACACAGUCUCGCCACCAAGCUACAGGCAGGAUGGAGAGGCUACAGCCAGAAGUCCAAAUACCAAAAACUCAGAACCUCAGCUAUUGCCAUCCAGGCGUGGUGGAGGGGAAUCCUGGCCAGGAGGAGGGCCCAGCGCCGACGUCAGGCUGCUGAUACUAUUCGCAGGUUCAUCAAGGGCUUCAUCUACCGCCACAAGGAGCGCUGUCCAGAGAACGAGUAUUUCCUGGAUUAUGUUCGCUACUCCUUCCUCAUGAACCUGCACAGGAACCUGCCCAAGAACGUCCUGGACAAGAGCUGGCCAACACCUCCAGCUGCUCUCAUUGAGGCGUCAGAGCAUUUGCGUAAGCUGUGCAUGCAGAACAUGGUGUGGAGCUACUGCAAGAAGAUCAAUCCUGAGUGGAAGCACCAGAUGGAGCAGAAGAUGAUCGCAAGCGAGAUCUUCCGGGACAAGAAGGACAACUACCCACAGAGCGUGCCCAAACUGUUUGUCAGCACAAGACUCAAUGGUGAGGACAUCAACCCCAAAGUGCUGCAGGCUCUGGGCAGCGAGAAGAUGAAGUAUGCAGUGCCAGUCACCAAGUACGACAGGAAAGGCUACAAAGCUCGGCCACGCCAGCUGCUCCUCACCGGCAACAGUGCUGUUAUUAUAGAGGAGGCCAAACUCAAGCAGCGCAUCGACUAUGGAGCUCUGAAAGGGAUCUCCGUCAGCUCUCUCAGCGACGGCUUGUUUGUUCUGCACGUGCCCAGUGAUGACAACAAACAGAAGGGAGACGUAGUUCUGCAGAGUGACCAUGUGAUUGAGACCUUGACCAAGAUCGCAAUCUGUGCCGACAAAAUCAACAGCAUCAACAUCAACCAGGGCAGUAUAACGUUUACAGUGGGUCAGGGGAAAGAGGGGAUCAUAGACUUCACACCUGGAUCAGAACUACUGGUGGCCAAGGCUAAGAAUGGACACUUGUCUGUGACGGCUCCCAGACUGAACUCAAGAUGAUGGCCACUCUGACCAUGCAGACGCACAAACACACACACAUACACACACACACACACACACACACCAGGACCUACAUACUCCUCUUCCAAUCACAUGACUGCAGACCCCUCUCUGUCUAAGCCAAUCAGAUGCCAGCUGUCACUACAGGGGUGGCAUGUGCUUCCAAUUAAAAAAAAAAAAAAAAAAAAAAAA